AUGAAAUAAUAACCUAAUUAUUAAAGCUUUACAAGUAUUUUCGAUCUUGAGCAAUCAGUAACAUUUUGGGAACCAUUACAACAACCCCUUCAUGCGGAUAGAUUGCUUUAUAAGGGGAAAUUCUUUGAAUUCACUGGAAAUGUUUGGGUCGAGGAACAUUAUGAUCUCUACCCUGAAGUGUUAUGUAAAGGCUAAUUUUACAUGCAACUUCCUGGAGUGUAAAUAAGACGACUGAAACCAACUGAGACUUAUGGUCCCCACAAGUAUGGAUUAGGGUUCUUAAAAGGGCCAUAUAGGUUGUUAUUAUAUACCGAAUCGGUUGAAUAACUUAAUUAAUGGCAUGACUACUUGAAAAGACUUUGUCUAUUGCCCAAUUUUAACAAACGCCAUAAAUUAAUGGGUAAGAUUAAGAAUUCGCUUAACUUUUAUGAUUGCUAUAAAUGUAUAAAUGGAUAGCAAUAUUAGGUCAAAAUCCUAGAAAAACCUUAAAUAACGCAAACAAAAUAAGUAAUAAGGGAAAUUUAAAUUUUGCGUCGUUUAAAUCACCCUUAAAUCUAAAAAUUAUUAGAAGUUUAUGAAGACAGCAAUACUGUUUAUAUUUUAUUUGAUAAAUUCCUAGGUCAUUCAUUAAAAACAAAACUGCCAGAAUAUUGGAAUUUAACUGAAAAACAAUAGGCAGAGGUGUGUUUUAAGUUAUUAAAUGCAUUGGCACAUAUACACUCAAAAAAUAUCAUUCACAAAGACAUAAGACCAGAGAAUAUCAUACAACUCAACUCUCAAUUAACUAAUCUUAUAAUUGCUAAUUUUGCGAGUGCAGAUUCUAAAGAAAAAUGUAAAAAGAGGAAAGUUUUCAAUCCUGGUUUUAUGGCUCCGGAGCUAUUCCAAAAUAGAAACUUUGAUGACAAAAUUGAUAUCUUUUCUUUAGGAGUUAUCUUCUAUGGCAUUUUCUAUUGCAAAUACCCAUUUGAAGGAAAAGAUUUUAGAGAGACUGCAAUUUUAAAUGAAAAAUGUGAAAUCAAUUUUGAGUAUUCAAAGAAGUUAUCAUCCUCAGCAAUUGAAUUAUUGUAGGGUAUGUUAAAGAAAGAUCCCACUUAAAGGUUUAAUGCCCAAACUGCCUUAAAGCAUCAUUGGUUUAUUAAUGCAAGAAGCAAAGAAUAAAUGAAAGGAAAUAUGCUUGGAGCACCUUCAUUGUCAACAAUCUAAGAGAAAUCAGAAAUUGAUAUUUCGAUGUAAGAUCGUUUAUUUAACAAAUAAUAAUCAAAAUUAAGAGCUAAAUCUGUAGAUACUUUAUUCAUUACAGAUGCAAACGAGAUAGAAUCAAUUCCAUUGCAUCAAAAAAUAUAAAACAUGACAAAUAUUUAGUUUAAUCCAUCCAAGUCUAACCAUUGA